AUGCUUCCGGGCCCUUCGUCGUCCUGGGGAUCCCCAAACCUCCCUGAGCCGCCACUUUGGUUCAAGGCUUCUUCGCUCCACAGAGUCUCCGCUUCCCAGCCGCCGAGAAUGGAGAGUUUUUCUGGCCUGGUGUGGUUGCCGCGCAUUGUCCAGCUGCUCAGUGGCCCUGCAGCCUUGAAGGCUCUACGCUGCUGCAGAAGUCUGAAGAGGUUCCGGCCCAGAUGCCUCGAGGCAGGUGAAGGCUUCUGGGUCCUGGAGCAACUGAAGACGCUCACGUUGGAGGAGCUCCUUAGACGGGACGAGGACCUCUGCAACUGCUUCCUGUGGGCUAAGGGAGACAUGGAGAGUUGCAAGGUUAAAUACUGGUUUGGGGGCCCCACACUUGAGAUUUACGCAAGUAUGCCAACACCGGAGCCACGAGAAGCGAAGGCUGGGCAGGACCAUGAGCCUAGGCCUCAGGUCAUCGUUCGGAGCUUGUCAGAGACCUUCGCGGCCAUGGAUGGCAACGAAAGCUUUGAGUUGACCAAACGCAGACUCGAUCUUCCCCCAACCAUGUCCCAAAACGUGCCGGACCUGUUUGCAGGUCGUUUGAAGGUAGCGGGGGAGGAGUCGCCCGCUCUCAGAGCCCUGGGCCUUGGGGGCUGGGAGGUUUCCAAGACCUGUGGGCCAUGCCCGCCAAUGGACUGGUUUCACUUCACCUUUCAUCGUCCGAAGCCAAAAGUUCCCCUGGCAAUCUUACAUUUGAGUGGCUUCUUUGACUUGCCGGGAGGCGACGGUGGUUGCACUGUCAGCCUGGGCUAUUUGAGCACCGAUUUAGAUUAUGUAAUCGCAUUGCUAGACUUAUGCGAAUAUCCCUGUAGCAGGCAUGUUUCUGUCAAAGUCACUACUCGCUGGGAGGAGGUAGAAGGCUUGCUGCGCACUCCAGGCCCAAGUCGACUGCCAGGCCUCAGCAGGGAAGGCACGAAGAUGGAGGAGAUCCUGGCGAAGAUAACAACGCCUGACGGCUGGGAGGUUGAGUGCACUACGAUGUACGCGCACAACGCGGGUGAUCAUCAGUGCGUCGUAGGUUCCCCAUGCCUUGAGGCCAUCUACCAGGAUGCCAAGCGAUUGACGAGAGAUUCUAAUUGA